CAAAGAAGAAUCCUUCAAUUCUUCUUCCCAUUAAUACAGAGCUAGAACCACCACCUCUACGGCGGCCCGAGGCGGUUCUUCACCCCCCUCCCGCCACGGUCGCCGCCACCACCACCACCACCACGCUACCCUAGCUGAUCGAUCGGUUUUGGUGUUUCCUUUCAUAUUCCCUAACUCUCAUACCUACAUUUGCGUUUUCGAAUGGGAGAUCCGCAAAAUCCAUACGAUUGCUACGUAACAGCCGAACCACCUCUGUCGUCCGCGUCGUCGUCGUCUCCGUCGUACGUCUCCGAGGGCGAGGACGCGCCGCCGCUGUGGCGCACGCUGACGAAGCAGCUGUCGAUGCGCGAGGCGCCGCGCAACAUCGCGUGGGAGCGCCGCCGCCGGCAGGUCCAGCAGCAGGAGCGGUGGAGGAGCGAGGAGGAUCUGACGGACGAGGAUCUGAACGAGCUCAAGGGAUGCAUCGAGCUAGGGUUCGGAUUCAAUGCCGAGGAAGGGCAGCGGUUGUGCACCACCAUCCCCGCGCUCGAUCUCUACUUCGCCGUCAACCGCCAGUUCCUCACCAGCCCGCUGCCUAGCCCCGGCGCCGCACCGCCGGCGACAUUGAGUCCUCGAUCGUGCUCUCUCGAGAAGGAUUCUGAUUCAUGGAAAAUUUUGAACAAAGGCGAUGAUCCUCAACAAGUGAAGACGAAGCUGCGGCAUUGGGCGCAGGCGGUAGCAUGUUCAGUGAUGCAGUCCCCCAUUAGAGGCUGUGAUUGGGUGACAUUUGCCACUAAUUAUAAGGAAAGGGUUCAAAUUUCAAUUAGCGAGAAUUUUCUGGAAUCCAAAACCCUGCUGCAAAGCAAAGCCCCUUGCAUUCGUUUCCUCCUCAUUCAAACACUUAUAUUUGCUCAUACUCUCAAAUCUUCUUCAUCUUUCUUCUCCAAUUCUCUUUCCAAAACCAGAGAUCAACUCAUGGCGCCCGAUGCUUCUCAUGCUCUAGCAGUGAGGGAAAAAGUUCAACACUUCCUCAAUGCCGCGCAGACUGGAAAUUUAGCCCUCCUCAAAAAAUUGGCGAAGCAGCUCGAUGGUGGGAAGGGGCUAGCUCAAACGGUAGCAGAUGUUAAGGAUGCCAAUCAGAGAGGGGCACUGCAUUUUGCUGCAAGGGAAGGCCAGGCUGAGGUUUGCAAAUAUCUGCUGGAAGAGUUGAAGAUGGAUGUCAAUACGCAGGAUGAGGAUGGUGAUACUCCUCUAACGCAUGCUGCGCGGCAAGGGCAUACUGCCCUCGCCAAGUACCUCGUAGAUCAUGGUGCUGAUCCUUCCAUACCAAGUGCUUUAGGGACGACUGCUCUGCAUCAUUCUGCUGGAACAGGAGAUAUUGAGCUUCUAAAGUUUUUACUCUCCAAGGAUGUAAGUGUUGAUUCUCAAAGUGAUGCUGGUACUCCGCUAAUAUGGGCUGCCGGUCAUGGCCAGCAAGACUCUGUCAAAUUACUACUAGAACAUAAGGCCAAUCCAGAUGCUAAGACUGAAGAUGAUAUUACUCCUUUAUUAUCAGCUGUUGCAGCUGGUUCGUUGGCAUGUUUGGAGUUAUUAAUUAAGGCAGGUGCAACUGUGAACUUCACUGCAGGUGGUGCGACACCUUUGCACAUUGCUGCUGAUAUUGGCAGCCCAGAGAUCAUAAACUGCUUAUUACUAGCUGGAGCUGAUCCUAAUGCCAUUGAUGAGGAUGGUUUGAAACCAGUUCAGGUAGCAGCUUCAAGAGGAAAUAAGGUAGCUGUUGAAAUUCUUCUCCCAGUAACAGCCCCAAUUGAAUCAAUUCCAGAAUGGAGUAUUGAUGGAAUUCUUAAACACAUGCAACAAGAAACAGGGAAAGAGGAGGGUCAGAAUAAAAAAGCUGCACGAUCUAAUGGACUUAAGGAUACUGCAACUCCCAAGAUAAGUUUGCCUGAGGUGUCAUCUGAAGCAAAGAAAAAUGCUGCUGAAGCUAAGGCAAGGGCUGAUGAUGCUUUCAGGAGGAAAGAUUAUAUGGAAGCAGUUGAUGCUUACACACAGGCAAUUGAUUUCGAACCAACAGAUGCUACUUUGCUUUCCAAUAGAAGUCUCUGCUGGCUUCGUCUUGGACAAGCCGAGCAUGCUUUGGCCGAUGCAAGAGCAUGUAAAGCUCUUAGGCCUGAUUGGCCAAAGGCUUGCUACCGUGAGGGUGCCGCUCUUCGUCUACUGCAGAAAUUUGAGGACGCAGCCAAUGCUUUCUAUGAUGGUGUCACACUCAACCCUGAGAAUAUGGAGCUUGUAACUGCUUUCAGGGAAGCUGUGGAUGCUGGAAGAAAAUUUCAUGCAACACAGCAGCAGCAGCAGCAAGAAUCUUGAUGAAGAAUAUUUAUUGGUCUAUUCUGUAACUACUACUUGUUAGCAUUUUCACACUCAAUUUUGUUCUUGUGGUGAAUACUGGAUUGAUAUUUUGUUCUUAUCGAAUUCUGAUCCUGAAUAUUUAUAUGAAGUGCCAUCCUUGAUUCAUUGUGUCAAAA